GGGAAUAUAGUCAUUAGGUUGCACUUGUUGAACGAGUAGACGGUGAAGUUGGGAAGCAUCCUCGUACGAGAUUUGCAUUCAUUUUACGUUCGAGAGAUAGCAGCUGCCAGUAUGGUGGGUCAACUUAUGCUGGCAGUUUCGCUCGCCGUUCUUCUUGGGCACGUGGUGGAUGUUUCUGUGGCCGCUCAAAUCAAGGACUCAAACUUGGAGCUACCGGAGUACUACAAACGGCCGGCCAAAAUUCUGCACAACAUCUGCCUGGCGGAGUCCGGUGCCAUGGAGAGCAAGCUGAAACAGUGCAUGGAUGGGGUGCUUCAUGACGACCGGGAAGUCAAGUGCUACAUUCACUGUCUGUUCGAUAAGGUGGACGUCAUCGACGAAGCCACCGGACAGAUCCUGCUGGACCGACUGGCGCCGCUGGCACCGGACAAUGACGUGAAGGAUGUGUUCAACCAUUUGACGAGGGAGUGCGGUCACAUCAAAUUGCAAGACUCCUGCGACACGGCCUACGAAGUGGCCAAGUGCUACUUUGCGGCACACGAUCAGGUCGUCAAAUUCUGCCACCUGCUGAUGGCUGAUGUUACUGGUUAAGACGGCAUAGUCUUACGCAGGAAUAUUACCAUGUGACCUCCGAAGCAACGUACGAAAGGCUUAUCCCUCCGGUUUAUAUGUACAAGCAACUGUAAAUAGCAGUUGCUUGUAGCACUGCAAUACUGAUCGAAACCAUGUAGACUACGUAGAUAAAGGCAUCAUGAGCAUACGUAUGGGACCACCUCGCAGCUAGUAGGAAAAUUGUUAAAAAUGAGUAUUUUUUUUACAUAAUAAACGAUUUAAGUGAAUUAA